AUGGGUCACCAACAUUCUGAUAAGGAUGAAAGUGCCAAAGAGGCUGCUGGCCAAGACACCUCUGACCUACACCCGGUCAUGACAACUACCGAGGGCGGGUCCGGGCCGACGAACACCCUCCGCCGCGACUUCAAGGAGCGUCACGUAUCCAUGAUAGCAGUUGCCGGUGCCAUUGGGACCGGCCUCAUCAUCGGGACUGGAACGGGUCUUGUCCGUGGCGGGCCCGCCAGUCUCCUCAUCGCGUACAUCGUUAUCGGCGCGGUGAUCUAUUUUACCAUGACGGCACUGGGGGAAAUGGCCACUAUGUUCCCAACGGACAGGGCCUUUGCCGGAUAUUCCACCCGCUUCGUCGACCCAGCACUGGGCUACGCUACCGGAUGGAACUACUUUCUCAAAUACGCGAUAGUUCUCCCAAAUAAUCUCACUGCCGCGGGGAUCAUAAUUCAGUACUGGCGGCCCGAUCUCAAUGUCGCGAUUUUCGUCGCCACAUUUUCCGUCGUGAUUAUUAUCAUCAACGUGCUUCCUGUAUCUUUCUUUGGCGAGGCCGAGUUCUGGAUGUCGGCCGUGAAGCUUCUGGUCCUCACCACGCUCAUUCUCACCUGCUUCAUCAUCUCGAUGGGAGGUCAGCCUUCCCGCCAACGGAUUGGUUUCUCAUACUGGAGAAACCCCGGCGCCUUUGGAACUUAUUUGGCAGAUGGCUCGACCGGACGAUUCCUCGGUUUCUGGGCAGCCAUGGUGCAAGCCUGCUUUGCCUAUACCGGUACCGAGGUAGUCGGCGCGGCAUUCGGCGAGGCACCGAACCCGAGGAAGACAGUGCCAAAGGCCAUUCGGCAGACGCUGUGGCGCAUCGUAUUCUUCUACAUCAUAGGGGCUCUCGUCUUGGGGAUGGCCGUUCCGUAUACCAACGACAGGCUUAUUGGUGGCACCAAGCAAAGCACCGGCGCUGCCGCCAGCCCUUUUGUCAUUGCCGUCCAGCUGGCCGGGAUCCCGGUCUUCCCUGAUGUGGUCAAUGGGUGUCUUUUAGUGUUCGUCCUCAGUGCGGCAAACUCAGACAUCUACAUCGGUUCCCGAACUCUCUUCGGCCUUGCGCGCGACAACCAGGCGCCGAAGAUCUUCGGGAGGACGAGUGCAAGGGGUGUGCCCCUAGCCGGCGCCGCUUUCACCGCCCUGUUUACGGUGCUUGCGUACAUGAACGCAUCCAAGAGCUCGUCCCAGGUCUUUGGUUACUUGGUCAGUCUGGUCACCGUCUUCGGGGCUCUGAACUGGAUCUGCAUUCUCGUCUCCUAUGUGCAGUUUACAAGGGGCAUGAAGGCGCAAGGUAUCUCUAGGGACUCGAUCCCUUACCGUGGGUUCCUUCAACCAUAUGGUGCCUACUUCGCCCUGGGUAUGACCAUGAUUGUGAUAUUUUUCAACGGCUACAACGCAUUCGUUCCCAAGUUCACCGCUUCGACUUUCGUCACUUCCUACAUCGGCGUUGUCAUUUUCUUGGGAAACAUCUUCUGUUACAAGAUCUUGGCAAAGACUUCCAAGGUCACGCUCCACGGAAUGGACUUGCACACCGAUCGUCGGGAAUGA